AUGACAAAAAUUUAUUCGUUUACUUUCCACAACUCAAAUUUACCAGCUAUUUUUCAAUGUGAUAAUUGGACAGCUCAACAAGUUGCCGAAUGGUUAAAUGGCGUAGAUGAUGGAAUGGCUCCCUAUAUCAGACAUUUUGUUACACACAAUAUUACUGGAAGUAAAUUGUUAAAUGUUGAUAAUGAUACUUUGAAGAGAAUUGGUGUAAAUAGAGAAGCUUCGCGUGCAAAAAUAAUUUCUGCAAUUAAUUUACUUUUGUAUUAUAGUUAUUCAAUUAAAUAUGAAAAUUUACAAAAAUUGGCUUUGAAGACGAGGGUUUGUACAAACGAAAUACUCGAAGCAGUCUCCACAGCCACUCCAAUAAUCAAUAAUUCUUCAAAUGCUUCAAUGCACAUAGAAGUAUUAAAUAAUGUUUUGGGUGCAUUGGCUAGCACAUAUGAAAAUACUAUAAGGCUAAUAUUUUGGUUGGAAAGAAAUCCUUUUGUUGGAAAUAAAAAAUAUGCAAAAAUGAGAAAUAAUUUGGCGACAUAUGUUGAUGAAAUGGUUGAUUGUGUUAAUAAUCCAAACAAUCCAAAAUUCUUUUCUGUUCCGCAAUUGUUGAUUGAGGUUUGUUAA